CUCAGCUUUCCGCGGGGCAGUAUUCUUACUUAUUCAUUUGAUGCAGACAGGAUCGCGAGAAGAAAGAAUAGUGAAAUGGAUGCUACGGGGAAGCAGACACUGUAUACCGCGAUCGCGACGCUUCUCGUAAUUGGCAUCGCUUGGGUAUGGAAACUCAACAGCGCGUUGAAACAGACGCCACCGGAAGUGUUAGCUGUUUCCCCACGCCGCUGGACGGAGCAAGAGAUCAAAGAUACCUACCGACGCAUUGAGGCCAACCCAAUCGACUGGAGUAAACAACUCCCGCCGCAGCUGAACCGUCGUUAUAUUGUCACGGGCGGUUGCGGCGGAGUCGGCGGUCAAAUCGUCCUACACCUGCUUGCCCGCGGCCAGUCUCCCGAGAGCAUCCGAAUCGUCGAUUUCCAAAAACCGGUCCGACCUGAUAUGACAACGGGCUCUGCUGCUCUGGUUGACUUCGCACAGGCCGACAUCACAUCGCCACCCGCGACGUUCGCGGCAUUUAAUAAGCCAUGGCCCAAGAGCGUUGCCCAUCUUCCACUUACUGUCUUCCAUACGGCUGCUAUCAUCCAAGCAUCGGAGCGCUCGCUAAAGACUUAUGAGCGCGUAAAGCGCGUCAAUGUAGACGGUGUGCGAAAUGUCUUAGACGCAUCGAAGCAAGCCGGUGCUGACGUCUUCGUAUCGACGUCGUCCGCCUCGGUCGCCUACAUGCCCGUCAAGUACUGGAACAAUCCAUUCCGGCGCUGGCCUGAGAACUAUUGGCAAGUACUCGACGACUCUGAUUUUGACCGACCGUUGCGACCGCAUGCGCAAUUCUUCAGCAACUACGCGCACGCAAAGGCGACCGCUGAACGCCUUAUCUCCGAGGCCAACAACUCCGAUUUCCGCACGGGGCUCGUGCGCCCCGCGAACGGUAUCUAUGGUAGCAGUCACGGCGACCAGAUCGUUGGGCUAUGUUUGAGGGCUGGUACGUUCCCGAGUUGGACGAGGAAUAUUAUCCAAAACUUCGUGCACGCCGGAAAUGUGUCGUUGGCGCAUUUACUUUUCGAGGCAGCGCUCUUGAGAGAUGAGAAGGUAAUGCCUAAGUGUGCCGGCCGCGCGUUUACCGUUACGGACCCUGGACCACCGCCCAUGUAUGAGGAUGUCUACGGGUUAUUACGAGCCACGGUCACGGCCAACACGGCACCUAUCAAGGUCAUGUACCUACAACCUGGGAUCAUGUUAUUUCUCGCACAUAUCAUUGAGUGGUUUGACCUAGCAAGCCGGACGCCGGUCCUCGGAUGGAUAGUACCGCGACCCAAGGGCGAACUAGCGAAGUUACAACCGGCCAUUUUCACUGCCUGCUCGCAUCUGCUAGCAUCAAAUGAGGGUGCGGGACGAAGCGUCGACGAGGGCGGGAUCGGGUACCGACCUGUCUAUAACACGAUAGAGGGAAUUUGUCAACAAGUUUUAGAGUGGAAUAUCGAGCACCAGGAUUCAGCGAAACAAGGACCUCAAAGCGGCGCAGAGACUCUCGUAAAAGAGAUUAAAAACGUAGGCGUGCCUACUGCUGUUGGUGCUUGAGCGUACAGCUAUGUUACUCUACCACCUACAAAGCGGUGCUUCUUGAUUGUCUACCUAAGUUAUAUAUCUUUUAUAGGGUAUUAAACUCCUUUACCCCCAAAAGCCCUACACAGAAGAGCUUAUUCGAACGUAUGGAUGCUACAGAUUUAGCAACUGAGCAGUAUUAAUGAUAGUACAUCGUUCUAGUGAAGCUACGCUAUAGUUAUUUUCGAAUAACUUGCAUGUUUUUUUCCAACGAGUCGUUUAAAACUAGAUUACAAAGCACGUCUCUAAACGAUGACAUUGUUCAACCCUGUUCUUGAUGCUAUAUGUAAAUAGGUAGCCGC